AUGAUGCACCAGGUCAGCAGCUCACCCUUCUUAAAGCCCUUUUUCCUGAAGACGCCCGUCAGGGUGGUCAGCCCCCGGCCGCAGAGGCGACACACGCUCCCCGCCAGCGAGUUCCGGAACCUCAACCCACAGGACGCCAUCAGUGUGUUUGAGAUCGAGCGGGAAGCAUUCGUCUCCGUUUCUGGAGAGUGUCCUCUCACGCUGGAGGAGGUGCUCAGCUUCCUCGGCCAGUGUCCUGAGCUCUCUCUUGGCUGGUUUGAGGAAGGACAGCUGGUGGCCUUCAUCAUUGGCUCCGGCUGGGGCAAAGAGAGGCUCGCACAAGAUGCCAUGACCCAGCACGUUCCGGACACCCCCACGGUGCACAUCCAUGUGCUGUCAGUGCACCGUCACUGCCGCCAGCAAGGCAAGGGCUCCAUCCUCCUGUGGCGCUACUUACAGUACCUGCGCUGUGUACCAGGGCUCCGCCGUGCCCUGCUCAUCUGCGAGGACUUCCUGGUGCCCUUUUAUCUCAAGGCCGGCUUCAAGGAGAAGGGGCCCUCGGCCAUCUCCGUGCCCAACAUGGCCUUCCGAGAGAUGGAGUACUUGUUGGGUGGGCAGGCCUACGCACGGCGGAACAGCGGCUGCUAG